UUUCCCCUUUCUACUUUAUUUAUUUACUCCACCUUUUCCUGCAAAACCCUAAAAUUCGUGUAUCAACUCUGGAGAAUUUGUGCGCCAGAGUCUGUAUUUUUCUCUGUAAUUGUACAAUUUUUUUUCAUAAAAUUCUGUUAAUCUCGAAGCUUUCGAUUUUCUCUGCAAUGGUGAGGAUUUGAGCUCACAUCAUCGCGAUUUUCUCGGAACCCCAAGCUCAAGCGCCUCCAAUUUCUCUUCUGGGUCAUCACCUUUUCAACAAAAGAUUACGUUUCUGAAGUUUCCCUUCAGAUUGUAAAUUUUUCCUCGCAUUCGAAUCUAUUACUGUUACCGAAGUUUGACAUUUCUUUCCCUUAAAGAACAAUUAUUUUUCCUGAUUUUUUAUAUGUUUUGAGCUUGAAAACGCUUGAAUCUUCAAUGUUGAGGGUUUAAGCAAGUUUUUAAGCUUUUGGGGUGUCUUAGUUUUCCUUUGAUUAGCAUAAAAAUGGAAGAAAAAGAGAAUUUUGGUGCUGGGCAUGCAGUGGUAGGUGAUGCUAGUGCCCCAGAGAGCUUCCACGUGGCGCCCAGAGUUGAGACCUUAGAUUUUUCCGGUGCCUCCACGCCGGUGCCAGCAACGGGGACCGAUGGGAAGAAGAAGAGAGGAAGGCCUAGGAAGUAUGGACCGGAUGGGAAGCCAACGGCGGUGGCAGCAGCAGGGGCGCUGUCGCCGAUGCCGAUAUCGGCAUCAAUUCCGUUGACGGGAGAGUUCUCAGCCUGGAAAAGGGGUAGAGGGAAGCCUGUUGAGUCCAUCAAGAAGUCAUCAUAUAAGUUUGACUUUGAAAGUCCAGGACCAGGACCAGGUGAGGGAAUCCAAUACUCAGUUGGUGCCAAUUUUACACCACAUGUACUUACUGUAAAUGCUGGCGAGGAUGUUACUAUGAAAAUUAUGUCUUUUUCUCAACAAGGAUCACGAGGUAUAUGUGUUCUCUCUGCAAAUGGCACGAUUUCAAAUGUUACACUUCGACAACCAACAUCUUCUGGGGGUACUUUAACAUAUGAGGGGCGAUUUGAGAUUCUUUCCUUGUCCGGUUCCUUUAUGCCUACUGAGAAUGGAGUUACAAGAAGCAGAUCUGGCGGGAUGAGUGUCUCUUUAGCAGGUCCAGAUGGUCGAGUAAUGGGAGGAGGACUCGCUGGUUUGCUGAUAGCUGCAGGCCCUGUUCAGGUUGUUGUGGGCAGUUUUCUUCCUGGUCACCAGCUCGAGCAUAAAUCAAAGAAGCCUAGGGUGGAACAUAUAUCAACCAUCACCCCAUCACACGUUACUCCCGUUGUCUCUAACGAGGAAAUACGAGUCAGUUUUGGUGGAGUGAAGCCUAUUAUGACACCUACUGCAUUUCAUGGACAUGGAGAGAACAUUGUUUCCUUUAACAAUGCUCCAGACUCUCGGAACUCAUCUGCUGACAAUAUAGAACCUUUGCCCGAAAAGGAGUCUAACCCAAGCCAUCCGAAUGCGGAGGUCCCAUGCUAAAACAUAUCGCUCAGUGCGGAUUGGUUAGCAUUCUGCAGAAUCAAACUCACUCAUGCUUGACUGACGCUGACAAUUUAACUUGCAAAUACAGAACCUCGAUGAGUCAGAUGAGUGUCACAAAUGGUUUUGACUCAAAAAGUUUACUCUUUUGAUUACUAGGUUGUUCAGUUAGGAAACUGUUUUAUUAGGGUUUUUGUCAUGUGUAUGUGCUCUCCUGAUAAUGUAUCUCUGAUGUUUACUUGCCUCAUUGUUUGUAGCAAUUAGAUGUUAAAAGAUGUGAUUGGAUGUGUGUUUCAGAACUCUUGUAACUUCACAAUACUAUUUGUUGUGAAAGAAGAAAAUGGCUUAUCAGCCUUUUAGGCUUAACUUUCU